CUGAGUUCUUAUGUUCAACACGUGACGUCAGCGCCGCCAUGCAGUUAUGCUGCAAUGACAGAAGAAGAGCUGCAGUACAGAAUAAAAGGCAGACGAGCAGCAUCCACGCUCACAUGCAGCUCAGCUGAAUUUGAAGCUGCUCAUCAUGGAGGCGCUCGCUGUUCUCCUGGCACUCGGCUCCGUUCUGACCACCACUCGAGCCGGUCCAGUCCCAGUCAACGACACACAGCUCUGGAAGUCAGGCCGCUGUGACUUUGAGAGGCAGCACUGCGUCCACAUGCUGGGUUCCUACUGCCCUCAGUGUGACCGCGACGGCAACUUCCUGCCCAAGCAGUGCCUGGGCUCCACUGGCUACUGCUGGUGUGUGGACGUGCUCAGCGGAAAAGAGAUACCCAACACACGCGUGCCUCCAGGGACCGGCCUCAACUGUGGUGGAAAGAAGCGCUGCCCUGACGGCUGGAAAAGCUUUGGAGACAAGUGCUUCAUCUUCAUCAACACCCCGAAGAAAUGGACGGAAGCUGAGGUCUUCUGCCGCUUUGAUGGAGCCAACCUGGCAUCGAUCCACAGCGAGGAGGAGAAUCACUUCAUCACAGCUUUGACAAGAGGCGACUCCCACGACUUCCCCCAGACCUGGCUGGGAGGCUUCGAUGCCAUACAGCCUGGAUACUGGAUGUGGAGUGAUGGGUCAGAUUUCACGUAUAAAAACUGGGAGGAGAACAAUAUUGUUGGUGACGAUGAUGAUGACGACGAUGAUGAUGAUGAUGAUGAUGAUGAUGAUGAUGAGAAAGAAGAUCAUAAUGAUGAGGAUGAGGAAAAAGAUGAAAAAACUGGUGACAACAAGAUAGAGGCAAAAAAACCUUCCAAGAAACCAAAGAAUGACGAUAGUAAAAAGAAAAAGAAAGACAGUGAUGAAGAGGAGGAUGAAGACAAACACAAGAAACAUAAGGAAGACAGUGAUGAAGAUGAUGAUGAUGACAAGAAAGACAGUGACGAAGAUGAUGACGACAAGGAAGACAGUGAUGAAGAUGACGAUGACAAGGAAGACAGUGAUGAAGAUGACAAACACAAGAAACACAAGAAGCAGAAGAAACACAACAAAGAUAGCGAUGAAGAUGAUGAUGACAAGGAAGACAGUGAUGAAGAUGAUGAUGAUGAUGACAAGGAAGACAGUGAUGAAGAUGAUGAUGAUGACAAGAAAGACAGUGAUGAAGAUGAUGAUGACAUGGAAGAUAGUGAUGAAGAUGACAAACACAAGAAACACAAGAAGCAGAAGAAACACAACAAAGACAGCGAUGAAGAUGAUGAUGAGAAGGAAGACAGUGAUGAAGAUGAUGAUGAUAACAAGGAAGACAGUGAUGAAGAUGAUGAUGAUGACAAGGAAGACAGUGAUGAAGAUGACAAACACAAGAACCACAAGAAGCAGAAGAAACACAACAAAGACAGCGAUGAAGAUGAUGACGACAAGGAAGACAGUGAAGAAGAUGAUGAUGACAAGGAAGACAGUGAUGAAGAUGAUGAUGAUGACAAACACAAGAAACACAAGAAGCAAAAGAAACACAACAAAGACAGUGAUGAAGAUGAUGAUGACAAGGAAAACAGUGAUGAAGAUGAUGAUGACAAAGAAGACAGUGAUGAAGAUGAUGAUGACAAACACAAGAAGCAGAAGAAUCACAACAAAGACAGUGAUGAAGAUGAUGACAAGAAAGACAGUGACGAAGAUGAUGAUGAUGACAAGGAAGACAGUGACGAAGAUGAUGACAGUGACGAAGAUGAUGAUGACAAACACAAGAAACACAAGAAGCAGAAGAAACACAAGAAAGACAGCGACGAAGAUGAUGAUGAAGAUGAUGAUGACAAGAAAGACAGUGAUGAAGAUGAUGAUGACAAGGAAGACAGUGAUGAAGAUGAUGAUGACAAAGAAGACAGUGAUGAAGAUGAUGAAGACAGUGAUGAAGAUGAUGAAGACAGUGAUGAAGAUGAUGAUGAUGAUGAUGAUGAUGAUGAUGAUGAUGAUGAUGAUGAUGAUGACAACGACGAUAAGAAGAAAAAGACAGAGAAGAAGAGUUUCUGUUUGCGGAUCAACUAUGACUACAACCUGAAGUGGUUCUACAGCCCCUGCACUGAAGCCCUGCCCUUCGUCUGCUCCAUGAAGGCGAACGAUGACGACUGAGUGGUUCCAGAACAGAGACAGCGGCGUUAGCGUUAGAUCUGCAGUAAAUUCCCUGUGAUCCACCCGUCAGAAUAAAGUACGAUGAUGAUAAGUAAACACACGUGACCAAGGAUUAAAACACUGAAUAUACUGAGAUAGAAACAUAGAAAUGAAUAAAAAGAAAAGCAUUCAACUAUGAAAGACUGAGUGUGUCG